AUGGCACAGCGUAAAGCAAAGGCAUCAUCCAGUGCUUCGGAUCCCAUGGGAUCUCCUGCAGAUUCCCCUCCGUCUUCCCCGGGCCCUUCUGCCUUGGCCAACAAUCCUAACAAACUUCUUCAUCGGGUAUCCGGAUUCUUCUUUCAGCAUAAUCGAAGAGUUCGAUCACCCACUACAGGCGAACCUGACCUGUCACCCGAAGAGCCUGAUGAGGAACCUAGCUAUCUGCAACCACAUGAGCCGAUGAUACAAGACAUAGAAACAGCUUCGAGGGUAGACUCGAUGUUCUCUAUGCAUUCUAACCAUUCUGCCCGACCAAUCAAUCCAAACACGCCACCGCCACUGCGCACUGUCUGUCUCGAUAAUCCAACUGUUCAUACUUCUAUCGCCCCAGUUGAACAGCCACCUUCGCCGCCGCCAUCAUCAUCUAGCUCUAAAACUGUCAAACAGUCGCCUGGACGAACAAUACCCCUGAGAAAACUAUCCAAACUUAGUCCAGACGAUGUCAAUGAAGCAUUUGAAUUAUUAUUGGCAAUACAGCAAGAAUAUGCUUUACCAACCAGUCUCAAGCCAAAUCUUACUCAGCUCACUACCGAACAAAAAUCCGUACUCUUACAAUCGUCUCGGUCACGUAUGCUCCUACGAAAAAACUCGACCUUUUCAUCAUCUCCUUUCUCGCUUGCUGCAACACUUGGCAUCAAUCGCAAAUCAAAAGGACAACCUUCGAAUGUGCGUGAUCGAAAAUUCUUCUCGCCUUCAGAUAAAGACGACAGUUCAAUGGCAAAUCGUUCAUCGGCCUCAUAUCAAAAGUCGAAUGGAUCUACAAGUACGGCCACGGCUACUUCCUCGAACACAAAGUCAAUGGGUACUUCCCGUGGUGGAAAAAAUACGUCACUUCUGGCUGGAGGUUCACAUGGUGAUACAAAUCACCGGACAGUUCGCGGCAAGAUGAAAAGUACACCAGAGUACUUUGUAACAGUCCUUAGAGAGACACAUGUCAGAGAGCUCGAAGAAAACGACGUGGCUGACCUUAGAGUAUUUUUGAGAAGUGUGGUAGCAAGUUGGACUACAGAGUUCCUAAGUCUAGGUGGAUAUGAGGCCCUCUCGGACCUCUUCCGUCAAAUGAAAGAGAUUCCAAAGAAGAGACCCCAAGAUGACAAGUUUCUUCAACAGUUGGCAAAAUGCUUCAAGGCUAUUAUGACCCAUGAGCAAUCUGGUACUGAGCGCGUAUUGAUGAACCCAAUUGGCCUUGAACACAUUCGAGAUCUUUUAUUCGGGCCCUCAAACCAAAAGCAAAAGGGUGUUUAUGGACUAGACAUCAUCACUCGUGCGUUGUUUCUCAACAUUCUUUGUACUCUUACGACGCUUCAGACGAAGCCGACCCAUAAUUCUUCCAAGUAUGUUCAUGGUUAUGAUAUCCUGCGCCAGCUCUUGCUUGAUCGUCCGUCUGAUCGCAUCCUAGACGAGACUGGCUGUGAGCAAUCAAGUAAAACAGAUCUGCCGUUCCGGAUGUCCCUUAAAACAAAUCCGCAGGAGAUAAUGAAGGUUAUUCUGGAGAACGAGGACCAUCCAGGAGGCAUAUCUGAGACCGACAUGGAUUCCCCAAAACCUCGUUAUACAGCCUGGAUGCGAGAAAUUCAGUACACUGUUGAUCGCCACAUUGAACCAAUUACAUUUUUGGCCCAAGUUUUGGAUUACAAGUUUGAGAGUGCGUUCCGCCAGUUAAAAUUAAAAUCGCAGGAAGAAAGAGCCAAAUCAGAUGGGUCCCCAGGUUCAUCAUGCUCAGCACAAGCAGAUCCGGAAGAAGGUGGCCUAGUUAUGGUCGAUGAAGGAGUAGUAGACCACCUGAUAACCCACCUUCGUCUUAUUUGCACCAUUGUCACCACUCCACCAACUACCUACAGGGGUGAAACUACUCCAAGAGAACAAGAGAAAGUGCGCUUAGAGAUCAUGCUGUCUGGAUUUGACAAGAUUUCAAAGGCUCUUCGUAGUUGCCCGCACCCAACCUUGUAUGACUCCUAUAUAAGAUUUCUUCAGCCACUUUUACGUCCCUGGGCUGAACUUUCGCCAUCUGAUCCGUUAGAGACCAGUAGUAAUAUUAAUAGUAGUAGCAGUCGUCUCCAGUCGUCUUCUCAAAGCGUGUCUGGCUCUAAUACGCUCGUUUUCCCAGAAUCAUACAUUCCUCCAAAUGCACCCAUGAUACCCGAGCGGCCUGCUGCUCACCCACUGUCUUACAGCUUCAGAAGUGGAAAUUGGGUUGAGAACUCACUAAGUGACAUGCUCAACUGGCAGAAUGAACUUCAAGAUUCAAGCAAAGGUAUUACUACCCAAUCAUCAGUCCCACCACUAGUACCAUCACACCAACAACAAUUAUGGGAUAAUGGCGGUAAUGAUGAAGAUUGCUUCUUUGAUGCAGUACAUGAUCCCUUUGUUGAUGCUCGACUUCCUACAAAACAAAAUAUCCAAGAAACGGCUUGGGAGGAGGAUGGAGAUAUGGCUAGCUUGGACAAUUACGACGAUAUAUUUGAUGAUGAAGAAGAUGACGAGGAGGAAGAGAUGGAAGAGGUAUUGUUUCAAGAUGACAAUAGUCCGCAAGACAGAAGGUCGUCGAUGCCGGUGUAUAUGAGAAGAAUUAUGUCCAAUAGUGCGCCACCGCAAGUAAAUCGUGAGACCGUCAGUAUGACUUUGGACCCAAUAGAAAACAUUGAGAGAUGGAGAUUGAUGUCUCUAGAUAGUUGA